AUAGGCCUUUACGUGUGAGACGUUUACCAACUUGUAGGCUAAUUCAAAUAUCUAGGGCUAUACCCAGGUGCAUUUCUUUGGACAAUUCUCUCGGCAAGGUCAAUUUCUAUACAAAGUGAAAUUCUCUGGCCGCGAUGACGUUUUUACACUCUCAUCCAUUGGUUGUGCUCAGUUAUACACAGAAGACGACUCAAAAGCAUUGAUGACGAGUUGAGUAACGAGUCUUCUUGAGCCAACUUAGAUUUUCCAGAACGCGUGUCCGGUUCAGCUUUCUCUCGGAGCAUCCCUCCCAGAAACCUAUGAUGCGAGGCAGACAGGUUGUACCUUUGGCUGGGGCAAUACUGAUAUCAAUAUUUCUGGUAAACGAGUUCACUUCGCUCUGCCAGGAAACGCCAUUUGGACUAACUUCGAGCGAAAACCAGAAAACAGGUCAAGUUGUCCAGACGAGAAGGUUACUCGCAGUACCACUUUCUAAUGGUUCCCUGAUAUCUUGGGGCAGGUCAUUGCUUCCUGGUCCUAAAAAGAAAGAAGUUCAGGGUGUGGUGAACUUGAAUAUUCACGAGUCAGAUACGGCCAAUGAGGAGUCAGACAAUGCUGUGCAGAAAACUAAGAAGAAAUCGUUAAAAUUCAAGCGAGGAUCAGUGGAACAAAUUCUUCGAGAUCUCCAGAAUGGUCGCCUGCCGACGCAAGACGUUCUCGCUUCAGAAAUGACCAAAGAUGCUGGGUUCGAUAUACCGACUCCUCUUCCAGUUGACCCAAACUGGAAGAACCCGUGCUGGGUUGUGCGCGGCGCACUCCACUGCCUACCCUAUUUCUAUGUCAUUGGUUUCCCCAACUCCGGCACCACAGACCUUUUCUCAAGAAUCACCAUGCACCCACACGUCCUACCCACGUUUGCCAGGAGAACGAAUAUUUGGACAAUAGGGAGGACCCUUGACAUGCCCCUUUCCCGGUUUAGCCAUUUGUGUGGACUGCCUCUCUUUACCCGGGGCCAAUCAAACAAGCAAGACUACAUUCUCGGUGAUGAUAGUCUAAUGGUAGCUGACCACGCGAUGACUGCCAAACGAAGGCCCUAUGGACCAGCCCACUUUAUCAAGAGAUACACACCAAACGCAAAGUUCAUUGUUUUGUUGAGAGAUCCAGCCGCGAGGGCAUUCUCACAGUACACCAAGAUAGAUUGGGAUAAGAAUCGAGAAAAGAGUCCAUAUUAUUUCAACAUCCUUCUCGAAAAGGUUAUUGGUUUGGCACGAACGUGUAUGAAGACAGCCAGCGCCCGAGCGUGCGCUUUCAACAAGCGGUUACGGGUCGCCGAUAAUCAGAUGUCUAUAAUAUGGAAUGGGAUGUACGCGGUCUACCUUGCCGAAUGGUUACAGGUUUUCCCGAGAGAAAAUUUUCUUUUCGUCAAAAGUGAGAAUUUUUCAAUGAAUACUGGAAAGGUUAUCCAAGAUGCCUAUACUUUUCUUGGGUUAGAUCGGUUAUCGGAUGACGUCAUAGCUACGAUAUCGUCUGCCCCGAAACAACAUCACCAUGCCUACUUCAACGACAACAUCGGGCCCCUGUCAGCAAAAUCACGAAAAUUACUCGAUGAGUUCUAUGCGCCGUUCACAAAAGCUUUGGAGGAUAUAAUUGGUGAAAGUCUAACGCAGUGAUGGACAAUUACGAGAAAAAACAAAAAGGACAUGCACGUUCACCUUCCUUACAUGUUCAGAGCCAUAUUGAAUAGAAGGUUAUCGUUUAUAGAGCGUUCUUCAGUGUUUUUGUUAAUGUUGUGUUUGCUAUCACUUGCAGUUUACAUUGUAAUUCGUUGCUGCCGGACUCUCAGAAUUUGAUGAUUUGUGCAAUCUGUAAUAUCAAGCAUUCAUAGUCCUUAUGAAUUCGUGGUAAUACAGUGACGUGUCUUCCCGCUGUCACUGAAUAAAUGAUAUGAAUAAA